CUCACCGCCGCCACCGCGCCGCCGCCGGGCCGGCCCCUACCUGCCCGGACCCGUCCCGGCCCGGCCCGUCCCGGCCCGGCCCGGCCCGCCGGCCCAGGUAUGCGAGCCUCAGGAAUGCGGCUGGCCGCGGCGGCGGCGGCGGCGGCGGCGGCGGCAGUCGACCGACCGCGCUGGAGCCCGCCGCACGUGCUGAGCGCCGCUCCCCAAACCGAGUCGAGUGUUCCCGUGGAGGAGAGUGAUGGCCGUGAGCGGAGACGAAACGAGCGGGCAGCUGCUGCUGCAGCUGCUGGAGCGCCGAGCUGGCAGGCGCAGCUACUACUGUGACAGCGGCUACACGUCGUCCAACCACUCGCGACAGACCAGCUUCGACACGAGCGGAGCGCUAGGCGGCGAGCUGCCCGGCGCGCUGCCCAUGGACCCGCUGUCGGUGCCGGCGCCGCCGCCGCCGUUCGACAUGGCGGCCGUGGCCUCGUCGUUACCGUCGCUGCCCGGACACCCGGGCCUGGUGCGGGCGCGCGCCGACACGAGCACCGGCGGCCCCGGGGGCAGGAUGUCCCCCUCCGUGUACAACCACAAGGAGGUGCUGAGCGGGGGCUGGGCCGGCCGGAUGUCGCCCUCCGUCUACAAUCAUAAGCUGCUGGCGGUCUCCCAGGGCCGCUCUUCCCCGGCCUAUCACGACCUGGGCUACCACACGCUGGUAGCGCGGUCAGCGGCCGCCUCUCCGUGGGCCGAGCUCGGCUACCCGGGCGGCGCGCCGGCCAACUCCGCUCGGUGUCCCCGCGACUCGCCGCGCCCCCAGCUGCCCGAGCCGCCCUCCAGCGCCGAGCUCAUCAUGGCCUUCAAGGGCAAGCGGGCGCACAAAUCGGCGCCGUUCGACCGCGUCUCGGACGAGCUGAUCCUGCACAUCUUCUCGUACCUGUCCACCAACGAGCUGUGCUACUGCGCGCGCGUCUGCCGGCGCUGGUACUUCCUCGUCUGGGAGCCGCAGCUGUGGACCAGCAUCACGCUGACGGGCGAGACGACCGGCGCCGAUCGGGCGCUCCGGCAGAUCGUCAAGCUGCUCUGCCGCGAUAACCCGGGCACGCUGUGUCACACCGUGGAGCGCGUGGAGCUGAACGGGUGUGCGCGACUGACCGACCGCGGCCUGUCGCUGCUGGCGCGCCGCUGUCCCGAGCUGCGUCACCUGGAGCUGCGCGGCUGCAGCCAGGUCGGCGACCAGGCCGUCAUGGACAUCGUCAGCCACUGCCCGAACCUGCAGCACCUCGACCUGACCGGGUGCCACCGUGUGCGCUGUCUGGACCUGAGCCAGGCGGGCGCCGACCACCGUCUGAACCUGCAGUACCUGGACCUGACGGACUGUCACAACCUGACCGACGACAGUCUGCGGGUGAUAGCGCGCCACUGCCCGCAGCUGCAGCACCUCUACAUGCGCCGCUGCGAGCAGCUUACUGACGCCGGUAUCCGGCACGUGCCCAGUCUGUGUCCCGGUUUGCGCGAGUUCUCCAUCUCCGACUGCAGCCGCGUCACCGACUUCAGUCUGCGCGAGCUGGCCCGCCUCGGGCCCACCCUGCGCUACCUCAGCGUGGCCAAAUGCGACCGCGUCUCGGACGCCGGCGUGGCUCAGGUGGCUCGCAGCUGCUACAAGCUGCGCUACCUGAACGUGCGCGGCUGCGAGGCCGUCUCGGACGCGGCCCUCGAGCUGGUGGCCCGCUGCUGCCAGCGGCUGCGCGCGCUCGACAUCGGCAAGUGCGACGUCACCGACCACGGCUUGAAGGUGCUGGCGCAGCACUGCCCCAACCUGAAGAAGUUGAGCGUGAAGAGUUGUGAGAUGAUCAGCGACGCGGGCGUCAAGUACGUGGCCUACUACUGCCGCGGCCUGCAGCAGCUCAACAUCCAGGACUCGCCGGUCACUCUGGAGGGCUACCGCACCGUGAAAAAGUACUGCAAACGCUGCAUCAUCGAGCACACAAACCCGGGCUUCUUCUGAGAGGCUGGG